AUGUCGAAACUCAUCACGGUAUUCGGUGCAACGGGUAACCAAGGAGGCUCCGUUAUUCGAGCCAUCCAAGCCGAUCCCGUCCUCAACAAGGAAUACAAGAUCCGGGGCGUCACCCGCGACGUCAACAAGGCAGCGGCCAAAGCCCUCGCAGAGAAGGGAGUCGAAGUUGUUUCGGCCGACAUGUCGUCUGCGACUUCCCUGACCGCCGCCAUUGAGGGUUCCCACACCGUGUUCCUCGUCACCAACUUUUGGGAGUCCUUCUCUAAGGACACCGAGGUUCAACAAGGCAAGUCCGUUACGGACGCCAGUAAGGCUGCUGGGGUGCAGCAUUUGAUCUUCUCAUCUCUUCGAAACGUGACUGAGAUCAGCGGUGGGCGACUUCGGCAUGUCACGCACUUCGAUGGCAAGGCCGAGGUCGAGGCGUAUAUCCGUGCCAGUGGCGUGCCGGCAUCCUUUGUACUUGCCGGGCUCUUCAUGUCGAACUUUUUCCAGAUGCUGCAUAAGAAGGAUGAUACGUAUACCUUAGCGUGGCCAGUCGAUCCUGAGAACGCACUUAUCCCCUUGUUUGAUGUCGUGGGUGAUACCGGGAAUUUUGUCACCGCCGCGAUCAAGCGUGGGCCGUCGGCUGAGCGCAUCCUAGCUGCCUCCGAAUAUUAUACGCCUGCGCGUGUAUUGGCCGAGUUCUCCGAGGUUACUGGACACAAGGUGCAAGCGGUGCAGAUACCCGCCGACGUGUUCAAAGGGUUUUUGCCUCCCGCUAAGGCGCAGGAAAUGCUCGAGAAUAUCCUUUUAUUGGAGGGACCGGGAUACUAUGGUGGAGAGAGCUUGGAUGCGUCGCAUGCAUUGUUGGACCGGAAGCCAACAAGUUGGAGGGACUUUGUUGCACAGAACAAGGAACAAUGGCCUUGA